CAUUUCCGCCCGGCCGGCGGCGCGGUGGGGCCAGUGCCAGCAGAGGCGCGCGGUCCUCCCUCCGCCCGCCCGCGCCGGGGGCUGGCCCUGCCUCGCCGGCGCCUUUUUCCCCCGCACCGCGGCGCCGCUUCGCCACUCGGGCACCACAGGUAGGGCAGGAGGCUGGAGUGCCUGCUGCCCGCUGCCCGUAAAAUGGUCACCUCAGCUGGACAGUUCGCCCUCUUCGCGCUGGGUAUCUUGUUGGCCGUGUGCCAGGCCCUGGAGAACAGCACGUCCGCCCUGAGUGACCCGCCCAUAGCUGCAGCUGUGGUGUCCCAUUUUAAUGACUGCCCAGAUUCCCACAGUCAGUUCUGCUUCCAUGGAACCUGCAGGUUUUUGGUGCAGGAGGACAAGCCAGCAUGUGUCUGCCACUCUGGGUACGUCGGCGCACGCUGUGAACACGCAGACCUCCUGGCGGUGGUGGCCGCCAGCCAGAAGAAGCAGGCCAUUACUGCCUUGGUGGUGGUCUCCAUAGUGGCCCUGGCUGUCCUCAUCAUCACAUGUGUGCUGAUACACUGCUGCCAGGUCCGAAAACACUGUGAGUGGUGCCGGGCCCUCAUCUGCCGGCACGAGAAGCCCAGUGCCCUCCUGAAGGGAAGGACCGCUUGCUGCCACUCAGAAACAGUGGUCUGAGGAGCCCAGAGGAGGAGUCCUGCCAGGUGGCCCGCGGCAGCCUGAGGAAGAAAGGACUUCUUGAGGUCGGGACAGCAAGGGCGGCCUGGGACGUGCCCACAGACCUUCCCGACUCUGCCUGCAACCGCCUAUGCGGCCUUUGUGUCUCUUGUGGGCCUUUCUUCCAAACUCUGUCAAGAACUCUGUCUGCUUGGGUUUAUUCAGUGUGACCUGGAGAAGAAAUCAGUGCACCACAGCUUAACAACUGGUCCAAAAGGACCAGCACGGGGCGGACCUCCCAUUUACCUAGUGAGGUGUGUGCGUCCCAUCUGCUUCCAGGGCUGUGUGGGUGUGUUCUGCCAUCACGGAUGCCAGGCUGUGUUUCUCUUUAAUGGGCCUAUCUUCCCACAAGGCUCCAUCCUACCCGACACCAGAGAGUCCCACAGUUGGUACAGUUUUUUUCUUAUCCGCUCAUGGGGGAAGAAAGUAGAAAAGGCAUAACUGCUUUUUGCUACGUGAAGACACCACGUAGACAUCUGCUCUCUGUCCACGAAACCCUUAACCAGCCUGAAGUCUUCCAUCGACGCAUGAGGUUGAAGACCUUCCCAAGCCAUCACCACCCUCAGAGAUGAGUUCUUAUUUAGUAGAUGGAGAAUGGUUUUAUUUUUAAUCUCCUAAGUCAAUGUCAAAAAUGUAAAACCAGGAGUUCCCACUGUGGCUCAGUAGUAAUGAACCUGACUAGUAUCCAUGAGGACACAUGUUCAAUCCCUGGCCUCGCUCAGUGGUUUAAGGAUCCAGCAUUGCUAUGAGCUGCAGUGUAGGUCAUAGACGAGGCUUGGAUCUGGCUUGUCUGUGACUGUGGCGUAGGCCUGCGGCUGUGGCUCCAAUUCAACCCCUAGCCUUCGAAUUUUCAUAUGCCUUGCGUAUGGCCCUAAAAAGACAAAAAAGAAAAAAAAGUAAAACCCUUUCAGACAUGUGCAGUAAUGAUGUAUGUAUUGCUGGCUGGAAAGUUACACUGAUUAGAAAUGCCUGGGAGUUCCCAUCGUGUCUCAGCGGUGACAAACCCAACUAGUAUCUAUGAGGAUGCUGGUUCAAUCCCUGGCCUCCCUCAGUGGGUUAAGGAUCCGGCAUUGCCGUGAGCUGUGGUGUAGGUCGCAGAUGCGGCUCGGAUCUGGUGUGGCUGUGGCUGUGGUGUACACGAAUGGCUACAGCUCCAAUUCACCCGCUAGCCUGGGAACUUCCAUAUGCCACAGGUGUGGCCCUAAAAACAUAAAAAAAAAAAGGAAAAGAAAAGAAAUGUCUGGUCUUUGGGAGACAGCUGAAGCUUGAGAAAAGCCACCCAAGAUGGGUGGAGAUGGAAGCAGAUGAAUUGCUGAUGGGAGCAAAGAUCAGUGUUCAGAGGUCAUGCCAUUUAAUAUCUGAAGCAGGUAAAUGCCCCAGGAUACAUUCCUGUUGAAAAGUUAGUGGAUCUGUCAGUGGAGAUCUGGCACCUUGUCGAGGAAGGGAGUGUGUGUGUGCGCGCCUCUGCCUGGGGAAACACAAGAGUGACUGCACGGCUCUCUUCUUAAACAUGUUCCCCUUCUAGUGGGCCCUCCAAGAAUCUGUUUGGAAACAGAGCAUUAGCAGAGAGCCACAGGCAUUUGGGGCUGCGUCCAUGGAAGCAGGACCAGUCACUUAUUUUCCAUGUUAUGACUUGGUGGAUUUGAUGCUUUAUUUUUAAAAAAGAGAAAUUGAACUUUCCUGUUUAUUUUCAAGCAUUAGAAGAAAUAUCCAAGUGAUUUUUUUUUUUUCUUUUCCAGUCAGGAUACUGGUUUUAUUAACAAAAACCCUAACAAGCCGCCUCAACAGUGUGGGUCUCGCUUUUCCCUCAGAGAAGGAAAAAUUAUUCUUUGGGUCCUUUUCAACGCAGUGGGCCUGCCUUUGCGAAGCGCUGGUUUCCUUCAACUGCACACAGGAGCUCCUCCCUAGGAACUGUCAUUAAAAUCUGAACCAGGGAGUUCCCGUCGUGGCUCAGCAGUUAACGAAUCUGACUAGCAUCCAUGAGGACGAAGGUUCAAUCUCUGGCCUCGCUCAGUGAG